AUGGGGCGAGGCAAGACCAAAGCACAAAAGCGCGCAGACUGGCGCAAUUCUCGCGAUGAGAAUAACCCCGAGAUGCCCAGGAAAAAGUUCUACCGGCAACGAGCGCAUGCCAAUCCCUUCUCGGACCAUCAUCUAUCAUACCCUGCGAGCCCGGACGAUAUGGAUUGGUCAACCUACUACCCUGGCUUUGUUGCCCAGAACCCGCUUGACAACGGCGAGCCGCAGAAAACCGAAACAUCGUCUACGCUAGCCGCGUCGAGGUCAUUGACGAAAGAUGUCGAGGUGGUUGAUAUUGGCUGCGGCUUCGGGGGUUUGCUCGUUGCACUUGCGCCCCUCCUACCCGACAGUCUCAUUCUCGGUCUCGAAAUCCGAGUGCAAGUCACGCAUUUCGUUCAAGAUCGGAUACGGGCCCUACGGGCGCAGAAUCAAGAAAAGAAUCUGUACCAGAAUAUUGCCUGUCUUCGGGCUAAUACCAUGAAGUUCUUGCCUAACUUCUUCCGAAAAGGGCAGCUGUCGAAGAUCUUUAUCUGCUUCCCGGACCCUCAUUUUAAGGUCCGUAAACACAAGGCGAGGAUCGUGUCAUCCACGCUCAACUCGGAGUAUGCCUACGCGCUGCGGCCCGGCGGUAUCGUGUACACUAUCACCGAUGUCGAGUCGCUGCAUCAAUGGAUGGUGGAGCAUUUGGAGGGACACCCUUCUUUUGAACGGAUUUCGCCCGAGGAGGAAGCCGCGGACCCUUGCGUCGAGGUGAUGAAGAAAGAGACGGAAGAGGGUAAAAAGGUAGAGAGGAAUAGCGGACCCAAAUUCGUGGCCCUUUUCCGCAGGGUUGAAGAUCCCCCUUGGUGAUGAACCAGUCACUUAGAUGUAAAGCUAUGUCCACUAUAUUCCCGGCCAGCUAGAACGUGAUGUCAAGGAUAUUGAAUACAAACCUGGAAGACAUGACUGUUG